CCCUACCCGCUACCAAAUCCUCUCUUCCGUCUGCCUGCAUUUCUACCUAGUGUCUUAGACGUUUCGUGAGCUGCACGACCCGGAUUCACGAAGAAAUUGGGAAGUUAGACGACGCUGGUCGUCAGACCGUGAUACCUCCACAAACGAAGACAAGGAGCGGCGCAUCUUGCACCAAGCCAAGCCCAAGACUCAUACCAGUUUCCGAACGAGUAUCUCCAAGGAGCCACUCAACGAUUGGUGUUCCAAGGAUGGCCUCGCCGGACCGCCCGCACUACAUCCCCCUUCCGCCGCCCCCGCUUCGCUCCGCGAUGAAGCACUCGUCCCGGCCAGGCACUCCCAACCAACCCUCUGUCUCCUCUCCUCUCCUAUCUCCCCCAAUAGCAACUUUGCCUCUCGCCUCCCCACCAUCCUCCAUUACGACUCCAAGUCCAGGCAUCAGCGGCGGACCAUCACCGUACAGUUCCGCACACCCGUCUUCAUCGAUGGUCGCCUUCAGCUCCUCUCAGGGCCCUGGGUCGCCCCUGGUCGCAGCCCAGGGAUACCAGCCGAAGGUGUCCUUCGAUACUCUUGAGAACCCGCAGGCGAGCAUGUUCUCCUACACGCUACACGUGCAGAGCGAAGGCUACACCAGGACGCGGAGCACGCGUGUCUUCCUGUGUGCGUCCAGCCCCGAUGAGAGCGGCAGUCAGGCACUGGAGUGGUGCUUAGAGAGUUUGGUGCAAGACGGGGAUGAGCUAGUCGUAUUCCGGGGCAUUGACCCCGAUGACUUCGCAGAGAAAGACCACGACCAGUAUCGCGAAGAUGCCCGCGAGCUGAUGCGCCUUAUCCAGGAGAGAUGCGUCGAGUAUGACUCCGAGCGGAAGCUCUCUAUCAUCGUCGAGUAUAUCGCGGGCAAGGUGACGCAGACCAUCGACCGACUGAUCGCGCUGUACCGUCCCGAGUCUGUCGUCGUUGGUACGCGGGGGCAGCGGAGCGUGAUGCAGGCAUGGGCGGGUGCAUUUGGUGCGCCUGGUGUCGGAAGCGUAUCGAAAUACUGCCUCAGCCACUCGCCCGUACCAGUCAUCGUCAUCCGACCCGAGAGCAAAGUGCGCAAGACGAUGGCGAAACGACGCGCAGACCCCAAGCGCGGCCAGCACUUCGACACGUUGACGAGGACCAAGUCAAAGACCAACGGUAAUCUCUCCGUCCCCAUGUUCUCCGCUCUGACCCGAUAAUGUCGCGUACAAUGCUGUGCAUGGACAUCGCGUUCAUCUCUUCUACUUGUUGUGCAUACCGCGUGCGCGUUGAAUUUUUCGGUUGAAACCGGUCGACAUUGCUUUCUGUUGGUAGUAUUACCGUCGUAGCUGGACCAUGUACUGUAUGUACCACAAUAAACACUUGGCGCUGUG